AUGAAUCCGACCCUCGACGCAGAAGAGUACGUCUUCGCGGAGCUCUCACUGGAAGCACCACACUUCGCAGAAUUCCUCGGAGCCGUGUCCAAGGAUGUGAAGAUGCUGUUUCGCGAGAAGGAGGCCUGGACGAUUAUUCUGCCAAAGUCUGCCGCGGAUAGAGAAGGACUGUAUUAUACUUUUCCGUGCCGACAGGUCACGUUGAAUGUGCACUCCAGUUUGGAGGCUGUUGGGUUUCUGGCGGCCAUCACCACGAGGUUAGCGGAGAAGGUGAAUGUUGGCGUCAAUGCGAUCAGUGGAUAUUAUCACGAUCAUCUGUUUGUGCCGGUGGGAAAGGAGGAUGCGGUUAUGGAGGAGCUGCUGUCGUUGGCCGCUGAGAAGGCUUGA